UCAGAGGCGGCUGUACGGAGCCCCAACGGUCGGACCGACGGACAGGCCCCGGAGAGCAGCAGGGCCGAUGGACGCCUUCAGCACCAAGAGCCUGGCCCUGCAGGCCCAGAAGAAGCUCCUGAGCAAGAUGGCGUCCAAGGCCACGGUGGCCGUGUUCAUCGACGACACGAGCAGCGAGGUGCUGGACGAGCUGUACCGCGCCACCAAGGAGUUCACCCGCAGCCGCAAGGAGGCCCAGAAGGUGCUCAAGAACCUGGUCAAGGUGGCGGUGAAGCUGGGCGUGCUGCUGCGCGGCGGCCGGCUGGGCGGCGAGGAGCUGGCGCUGCUGCAGCGCUUCCGCCAGAGGGCGCGCUGCGCGGCCAUGACCGCCGUCAGCUUCCGCCAGGUGGAGUUCACCUUCGACCGGCGCGUGCUGGCCGCCGCCCUGCACGAGUGCCGGGACCUGCUGCACCAGGCCGUGGGCGCGCACCUGACCGCCAAGUCCCACGGCCGCAUCAACCACGUCUUCGGCCACUUGGCCGACUGCGACUUCCUGGCGGCGCUCUACGGCCCCGCCGAGCCCUACCGCUCGCACCUGCGCCGCAUCUGCGAGGGCCUCACCAGGAUGCUGGACGAGGGCAGCAUCUGACCUGUGACCUCGGGGCUGGGUUUCCUGUGGGGGCGGGGGCGGGGCGACGCCAGAACCUCCUUUCUCCCAUCCAGUUCCGGCCAAACCGCCCCUUUGGAGAGGAUGCUAAUCUGUGGGAGGCAGUGGCUUUAAGGACUCUUGUCGCCUCCCCAUCCACCCUGCCUCCGUCUCCAGGGGAGAAAAGCUCAGCCGGCCAGCCUGCGGCCUCCCGAGCACCCCAAGACUGCUGCCUGCCCUAGCCCGCCUGACCUGACCGGCGCCACCCCUCCAGCCACCAGAGGCCCCAGAAGUUGGCACUUGUCACUUAAUGACAUGAAGGGUCGUGGGGAACCAGAAGAAAGGGAGUGUUACAGGGUGAGUUGCAUCUCCCCAGAUGCUUUGAAGUUGUAGCCCCCAGGACCUUUGAAUGGGACCUUCCUGAGGAAUAGGGUCAUUGCAGAUAUCAUUAGUCAAGAUGAGGUCACACUGGUAUAUGGCUGGGCCCCCGGUCCUUGUAGGAAGGGGAACUUUUGAAACUGGGGGGGCUGCCUGGAACGGCCCAGCUGACACCCGGAUCGCAGGCUCUGGCCUCCAGAACAAGAGGGAACACCUUUCCGUUGCUGCCACUGCUGGGCCGGGGGCCCUCGGUUCCAGCGGCCCCAGGAGCACCAGGGGCCCAGGAGACCGUUGAGGUGGGUCUGCUGUCAGCAAGGAUGCCUUGAUGGGGCUGGAAUCGCAGCCCAGACUCCCACGUGGGAGGGGACAGAGCAUGUCCCUGACUCGGGGCUCCAGGGUAAAGCCAUCUGUGACGCAUGCCCAUUUGAAGACGAUUAUCUCACGUUUGGCAGACCAACGGCAGCUGUGACCAGACCUCAUAGGCAACGCUCAACAGAUUUUGGCUUUGGCGACACCGAGAGGAUGCAGUGAUGCUCCACUCAGGGUGCAGAUGGACGGGGGAUGGGGGGCGUGGGAGUGUAGCGGCGUCCUAGCGGGCAGCAGGUGUGCCCUGGCAGGCCUGGGGAGGGGGGACGAGGUCUUCGGGGCAAAGUUUUCAAACGGGAGGCCUGCACACCUGAGAAGACCGGUGUGGUGGGCCCCAUCCGUUGUUCGAGACGCCAGGCAUUCAGGGAAGUGCACGUAACCAUCUAGUCGUGCGAUUCUUCCCCGACACUUGCCUGAGCCCGCACUGGCCGUGGGUGCGCUGUGUCAACCUCGCCCCUCCGCCCGCCAGUCCCCACCACGCCCUUUCACCUCCCCCUGGCCCCUGCCCGGGCUAACAGAGCACCGUUGCUCCAGGUGCGCCACAGCCUUUCUCUGGUUGGGUGUCCGCUUCCCUGAGAAAGCCAAGGUUCUCCCGAGGGGCCCCAGCUGUUCCCACCCCUGCCCCACCCCACUAAGGCAAACCGGUACUCCCGUCUUCCGUUCGAGACCAAACGUGUGUCCUGAGCACCCAAGAAGCCCCAGCAGAAGGCAAGCCUUUGUCCGGGGCUUUGCACCCUGAAUGCAUCCACGUGCACACCGCUUUGUGACGUGCUCCGCGGGGCUGUCCUGCCUGUCCUGACUCUUCGUAAAAUUUUGAGAUUUAAUUUAGAAAAACCAAAGAGCACUACAGAACUGUUUCAAUAAAAGCACACAUCUGUUUGCAUUAUGUGGGACUAGCGAGUAAAUUGCUGUUGCUAACAGCUUUC